UCCAUUUAAAGAUGAGUGUUAUGCCCCUAUUAUCUUUUGAACUUGACUGUUUUAGAACUACUUCUACCCGAACAGCUGAAGUUAUUGCUGAUGGUGAUCAUUUGUUGGAGGAAGGGGCUACACCACAAAGACUUUUAAAAUGUGCUUUAAACCAGACAAGACCCUUAGAAACAGAUAUCUACUCAGACUUUCAAGGGAAAGAAAUUCUUAACCUCAUCACCCUACUUUUUUGUAGUUGUAAUGUAUUAGACAUUUGUAGGGCAAUCCUUGAAGUAAAAGCAUUUAAAAUGUGCUUAUGGAAACUCUUCUUAGCAGAAAUUCAUGAAAAUACCAAAUAUAUGUGUAUCAAAGGACACAGUUAUUUAAGUCAACUUGAUUUUGAAGCUUUGAGGAGUUUUCAGUGGGAAAAAAUUAUUGAAGAAAUGUAUGUUCAGCAGAGGCAGCUUCUCCAGGUCUUGCUGAAUGUUUGUACAAGCACUAACAAAUCUGAGGAUGAUGAACACUACAUGCAUGUGGUAAAAGAAGUAGGACUGAUGUAUGGCAUUCUCAUGAAGAGGAGAUGUAAUUCCCUUUCAAGAGUGCAACGAGUAGUGUCCAUCUCCCUGGCUGAUGAACGAGUACACCAGAAGGUGUAUGACAGAUUGCAACCACUAGGGAUCACAACAUCCCACUGUGUCAUGCUUCGAACACAAAAACAGAUUGGAGGACACUUUAACUCACAACUUAUCAAUGCUGUCCAGGAAGGCCGGAAAUUUCGAUUCAUUGGAGAUAAUGUGAACUUUAUGAUUGAUGUUAGUCAUCAAAGAGAAACAAUGAAGUCACAUAUGGAACACUGGUUUGCAUCCAUGGCCAUUAUUCAGCACAGCAACUUCAGCCUACUUUCUACUGCAAAACCACAAGUGCCAUUGUUGGAGCUAGGACCAAAUACUUUUUUACCUCAAGAAAAAGACUGGGAGAAUAUUAAAAACUGCUACAUUGUUGUAAUUCUUGAAAUUCUAUGUAAAUUCUGCAAGUAUUUCAAGAAUUUUAAAUCUGUCAAAGAGAACAUUAAACAAAAACUCAGACCAGAUGACUACGACAUCUCUGAAGUCCAUACAAGUGUUCCUUUACCAGUUCUGCCAAAGAAUGAACAGAAGUACUCCGAUGUAAUAGAAAUCUUGGACUUUUAUGAGAAUGUUGUGGAAAAUGUGUGUGGAGGAAACAACAUUUUGAUUCAUAUAGGGGGGGAUCAGCUUACAAGAGAGAGGUUCUCUGGUGCAAAGAGACUCCGUGCAGCAUCCAUCACACCAAAGGAUAGAUUCGAACAUCUUACUCCAAUUACAUUUGAAUUUUUCCAUUUGCAGAUGUCAGUAUUAACUCUUUUCUACAAACUUCUCUACAGAAAAAGUGGUACUGCUUUAGGAACACUAAAUGCGGAGAAAAUCACAUUGGGAAGGACCAAAGCAAAUGGAGACGAUGUAAAAAAUCAUUACAAUGAUUGUAAAGAACUCGCAGAUUCCUUCAUUUCAGGUUAUGUAGUUAAUGCUGUUAUGCAUUUCUUUGAAAUGGAAACGAUCAACUCGCAACCUAACCAUGCAUUUGCAGCAUUAGAUAUUUCCUCUGCAACAGAGGAAGAAAAAGAGAGAGUUAUUGCAAGUUCUCUAGGAGAGUUCAUAGAUACUCUCAUACUGAAUGAAGCUAAAGCUAACCUUGCAGAGCCAAUGAACUUUUACCAACAAGUUACAUAUGUUCUUCCUGAUGGAGGAAAAUUGAUAUUGAAUGUUCCAGUUACUGUUGAUAGGUGUGUUUCAGAAAAUAGAAAUGACUCCGUGUUAGGUUAUGGAAAAACUGUUUUAGAAAUUGGCCUUUUAUAUCAGUGUUUAAAUCUAAAUAUCAAGAUGCCCAAUCGAGAAAUUGUCUUAUCACUUAUGAAAUAUACCAUGUGUGUUUUAAAAGGGAACAAUAACCGAUCCAAGUAUGCUUUAGAAAUAUUAAGAUUCCUUUUCUUGCAAACUUCCCUGCUGGACCUAAAGACUGCUAAAAAAACAUUCUAUGGACUCUUUGUUAACCAGAAAGGCAAAGCAGACACAAACAUUCCAGCUGAUCUACACAUGGAACACUUUGUGAAGGAGAUAAAAGAGCAUCUGAAGUCUCUUCAUGCAAAUAAGACAGAGUCAUCAGUGCAGUCUCGAUCGUCUGCCAUAGCAGGAAUGAGACAAAUAUCAGCAAAUUAUGAUAAAACAACACAUGUACUUUACAGAGCUAAACGACAUAGCACACCUUCCUCAGAAGAGGAUGAGCUCAAUAUCAUUCAUAGGCUAUUGCGUGUCAGGCCUUUUGAAAAUAAUGAUGGUCGUAGUCUUCAGUGCUAUACAAAACCACUUACAAGUCCCAUUGCAAAUAUCAACUUUGUACACUUGCAAGAAUGGAUCAGGGGUCAUCAAUACGAGAUUAUCAAUGACUUUGGCAUUUAAUCUGGCCUACCUACAUCACUGUUGUUGAAAAACAAAAUUGCUGUUGCCUGUUUCCCUGUUCUGCCUGUUCUACCCACUUGCUGAAUAUAAGCUGUUGGAAGAAAAACUUGUUCGAUUACUGUGAUACUAUAAGUGUUAUCAUAAGAUAUCAUUUUAAGUUGGAAUUAUCAAUUAUUCACUGAACUCAAAACCAAUUGGAGCCAUUUGUCAUAUAGAAGUAUUAAAUAUGUAGCAGGAGAAUGACUUUUACAUAAUAAUUUGUAGUUUGUCCUUUUUCAGGAUAUAAAUAUUUUUUUAGCAAUAAACCUGAA